CAGCCCGCGAGUUGGACAAGCGGGAGCUGCAGAAUCAGCUCCAGGCACCUGUGCACCCUGAGGGGUCUUAGGUCGUGCCCAGGUUUAUGAUUAUUACUGAGACACUGCAGGGGGCUGUGAUGGAGGGCGUGUCAUGUCGCUACGACUUCUACAUCGGACUAGGCCUGGCUCUAUCCUCAAGUAUUUUCAUUGGAGGAAGUUUUAUACUAAAGAAGAAAGGGCUUCUCAAGUUGGCCAGCAGGGGCUCCAUUAGGGCAGGACAAGGAGGUCAUGCAUACCUGAGGGAGUGGCUUUGGUGGGCAGGACUACUGUCCAUGGGAGUUGGAGAAGCAGCAAAUUUUGCUGCAUAUGCCUUUGCCCCAGCAACACUAGUAACUCCAUUGGGUGCAUUAAGUGUUCUAGUCAGUGCAGUUUUGUCGUCCUACUUUCUGAAUGAGCACCUGAAUGUCCAUGGAAAGAUUGGCUGCAUCUUGAGUGUUCUGGGCUCCACAGUGAUGGUAAUCCAUGCUCCACAGGGAGAGGAGGUAUCCAGCCUGGAGUCAAUGGCAGAGAAGCUUAAAGAUCCAGGGUUUAUAGCCUUUGCGGUGUGUGUGCUGGUGAGCUCCAUUCUCCUUAUCUUCGUGGCUGGGCCCCGUUAUGGGCGGAGCAACGUUUUGGUGUAUGUUUUGGUCUGCUCUGCCAUUGGCUCGCUCUCAGUGUCCUGUGUCAAGGGCUUGGGCAUCACACUGAAGGAGCUGUUUGCUGGGAAGCAGGUCCUGAAAGAACCGCUGGGCUGGAUACUCCUGAUUUGCCUGGUGAUCUGCAUCAGUGUCCAGAUUAACUACCUGAACAAGGCCUUGGACAUCUUCAAUACAUCUGUGGUCACACCUAUCUACUAUGUCCUGUUUACCACAGCUGUCAUGACUUGUUCCGCCAUCCUCUUCAAGGAGUGGCAACACAUGGUCCUACACAACAUAAUUGGCACUAUAAGUGGCUUUCUAACCAUAGUCUCUGGCAUUUUCCUUUUGCAUGCAUUCAGAGACAUCCCCUUCACCCCAGACCUGCUGCCCCUCUUUCUGAAGCAAGGAAGGGCAGACCUGCAUACUUUUUGGAGGGGAGCAGAAAAACACCAGUCAUGUCUACAUCAGCCUCUUCUGGGCCCAGAGGACAUCUACAAGGGUUCUCAGAGUGUGGAGGAGGAAGGUGAAAGUGUAUAAUGACUCAUGAACCUGUUGCCUUGGAACUUCUACCCAAGAGCUUUCUAGUCUCACUACUAAGCUCCCCUUGGUGAGUUUGCUAGAUCAGACUCCACCAGCUACAGCUGUGUUAUUGGGAAUAAGUAAACGUUUAC